CUUCACGUCUGCGUCAUCGUCGCGGCGACACGCGCUCCUUUCUUUUCCGUUCCGCUGUUCGUAGCUAGUGGCUAAACGUGGCGGCGCCUCUUUUCGCUUAAAUUCGAGUCAAGAAAUGGCCGCCGCCGGUGUUCCGAGUCGGAAGCGGCUCCUCAAGGACGAGGACAUGACUAAGGUGGAGUUUGAAACCAGCGAGGAGGUGGACGUCACCCCCACCUUCGACACCAUGGGCCUUCGGGAGGACUUGCUGCGCGGCAUCUACGCUUACGGGUUCGAGAAGCCGUCGGCCAUUCAGCAGCGAGCCAUCAAGCAGAUCAUCAAAGGCCGAGACGUCAUCGCCCAGUCUCAGUCGGGAACGGGAAAGACGGCCACCUUCUGCGUGUCGGUGCUGCAGUGUCUGGACAUCCAGGUGAGGGAGACCCAGGCCUUGAUCCUGGCGCCCACCAGAGAACUCGCCGGCCAGAUCCAGAAGGUGUUGCUGGCGCUGGGGGACUACAUGAACGUUCAGUGCCACGCGUGCAUCGGCGGGACCAACGUGGGCGAGGACAUCCGCAAGUUGGACUUUGGCCAGCACGUGGUGUCGGGAACGCCGGGGCGAGUGUUCGACAUGAUCCGGCGCCGCAGCCUGCGCACCCGCGCCAUCAAAAUGUUGGUCCUGGACGAGGCCGACGAGAUGCUCAACAAAGGUUUCAAGGAGCAGAUCUACGACGUCUACCGCUACCUGCCGCCCGCCACCCAGGUGGUCCUCAUCAGCGCCACGCUGCCGCACGAGAUCCUCGAGAUGACCAACAAGUUCAUGACCGACCCCAUACGCAUCCUGGUCAAGCGUGACGAGUUGACGCUGGAAGGAAUCAAACAGUUCUUUGUGGCCGUGGAGCGCGAGGAGUGGAAGUUCGACACCCUGUGCGACCUCUACGACACGCUCACCAUCACGCAGGCCGUCAUCUUCUGCAACACCAAGAGGAAGGUUGACUGGCUGACGGAGAAAAUGCGAGAGGCCAACUUCACCGUGUCGUCCAUGCACGGAGACAUGCCGCAGAAGGAGCGAGAGUCCAUCAUGAAGGAGUUCCGUUCCGGAGCCAGGUGCCCCCACCAAACGCAACUUCUAUUUUUGCUCGCGGCCGCGGCGUUCCGCAAGGCUUUGACUCUUCCUUCACGUCAUGGGGGGGCGGCCUUUGCGUGAGCGUACAGCCUUGAACGCAGCGAGUCCUAAUGAGGAUGGGCCCAAGGCUGCGUGGGUGACGCGCGCACACACACACACACACACACAGGUCCUGGUUUUUCACCCGUAGAGGGGACUGCAGGAGGCGGUGUGGGGUGGGGGGGCUCUUGGGCACAUUCUGGUACGUUUACGCCUGGUCUCAGGAGAUAAUGGAGAUGCCGGGUCCAGGUCUGGUGAGACAUCGCAGGUGAUGGGGGGCCAAAAAAAAAGUUGUCCAUUAAGUUCAUCAAUAUUUCAUAAAAGUCGUUGCAGCUGCUUCCUGUAAGCGGACGCCUCCCCUCCCCACGCGUCCAUGAGAGUGCGCGCGUACGCGCGUGUCAAUGCGGGCUCGAGUGGGCGCUGGUGUGUUUGAAGGUCAUCCCACUUCCUGUCGGUCAGCACUUUGACUUCAUCUGCUUGCCGGCGUGUUAACGUCACUCUUUCGCCGCCGACCUUUAGCAAUCGUUCCACUCAUACGGCGCCUUCGAGGUGGCCGACUCUUUCCCACGAUCUGCGCGUUCGCAUCAGAGCCAAGCCCCUCCCAUCAAAAGAUUAUGGAUCGCUGAAGCUUCAUCAGCAGGAAUCAACCGGCAGUUGGGAUGCCGCGUGCGUCGCCGUGUUCAAGUGGCGCAGUCGCAGCUGGUCAAAGGAAGGCAACGUGAUGCCGAUCCACGUCCUUGGUCGGCUGACACCUUAUUGUCUCAUUCACCCCCUCCCCCCUCCUGACCCCCACAGAUACAUUCACACCCACAAUCUGUGUGUGUGUGUGUUAUGCCCAAAGACACCUCACGGCUGCUAAGGAAUGUCUGUUCCCUCCGCGUCCUAACAUCAACAAAA